AUGGCUGUAGCCAGAACUAGCCUGAUUUGGGGGUCCCUGGGGGUACAGGUGGGAGUGGAGACAGUGAAGGGAGGCAAGCCAUUUAUAUCAUUCACACUGGAGUCUUGGGCCAGAGAGCAGGCAGAGCUUCAGAUCAUGGCAGGGACCCCAGAGGAGGAUGGAUUCUUCAACCUGCUAACCCACGUCCAGGGUGGUCGGAUGGAGGAGCAGCGCUGCCCCCUGCAGACUGAACCAGGCCAGGGGCCACCCAACAAGAGCAGUCGCAGCCGCAGCCCUAGCCCCAGCCCCAUUGCUCCUCCAGAGAUGGACAACCUGAUGGACAUGGUGGCCCACACCCAGGGACGCCGUAUGGAUGACCAACGGGUCACCAUCAACUACCUGCCUGGCUUCCAGUCUGGGGCCCCCAAGGAUGGUGUUCAACAAGGAACUGGGAAUCGCAGCCACCACCCCCUACUGGUUCCUCAAGACCCCUCUGCACUCACCUUCCGGAGGAACAGCAGCCCCCAUCCCCAAACCACUGGCCCCUGA